AUGAAAGCAAUAAGAUUUUGGUGUGUUGCCAAGAAACCCGGAUACCCAUCUGCUUUUCAUAAUCUAGAUUAUGGAUCUCCAAACCCCCACAAAACCUUCAAUCUUUCCUCCAAAAAUUCCCCAAUAUUCUAUCUUCUGUUUUGUAGUUGCAGGUCAUAUUCGUUUUCAUCGCCACCAGACUCACCUUUUUCCGGCGGGAUUGAUCCCAUCUCUGUAGCUUCCACGGUUUCUUCCCCCAGUAAUCAACAUCAGCAUGACGACGAUGCCUCCGCCAUUGACGCCGGAUCUUCCUUGCGCAAGCCUGUUAGUUUGUGGCCUGGUAUGUACCAUUCACCGGUGACCAAUGCUCUUUGGCAAGCCAGAUCCACCAUUUUCGGCACCACCAGCACCUCUGGUGUCGACUCCAUCACCAGUAAAACUCCAUCUUUCAGCCGGACUGCUAUUCUAUACCCUUUUUCUACUGAUUACAUUCUCAGAGAACAGUAUAGAAAUCCCUGGAACGGGAUUCGCGUGGGUAAAUUGCUAGAAGACCUUGAUGCUCUCGCCGGAACUAUCUCCUUUAAACAUUGCUUCAAUCAUGCUGGCAUGGCGAAUUCCUUGUUGCUAGUGACUGCUUCUGUGGACAAAAUGGUUCUUAAAAAACCGAUUCUGGUUGACACGGAUUUGAAAAUAGUUGGAGCUGUUACUUGGGUUGGUCGUUCGUCUAUGGAGAUUCAGCUAGAAGUCAUCCACGAAACUUCUGAUCCUCUGGACUCACAAGCUCUAGUUGCGAACUUCACUUUUGUGGGUCGUGACUCUAAGACGGGCAAAUCAGCAACGAUUAAUCAAAUCAUGCCGGAGACUGAAAAGGAGAAAUUGCUUUGGCAAGAAGCAGAAGAGAGGAACGCAUCAAGGAAAAAGAGAAGGAUGCAACUAAAGAACUUUGAUUACGAGAGGGAAGCAGAGAGGAUUAACGCGCUGCUGGCUGAGGGACGUGUGUUUAUUGAUAUGCCGGCUUUGGCUGACAGAGAUAGUAUUCUUAUGAAGGAUACAUGCUUACAAAACGCGUUGGUGUGCCAGCCACAGCAAAGGAACACCCAUGGCCGGAUUUUUGGAGGAUUUCUGAUGCGAAGAGCUUUCGAGCUGGCUUUUGCAACCACUUAUGCCUUUGCUGGCAGUGCACCCAGCUUUCUUGAGGUUGAUCAUGUUGAUUUCUUGAAACCUGUGGAUGUUGGAAAUUUUCUGCGUUUGAAGUCGUGUGUUUUGUACACAGAACUUGAGAACCCGGAGGAACCUCUGAUCAACGUGGAAGUUGUUGCUCAUGUGACGCGACCUGAGCUUAGAUCUGCAGAGAUAUCGAACAAGUUCUACUUCACAUUUACGACCUGCUCAAACAUGACAACAAAUGGUUUGAAGAUCCGCAGCGUUGUUCCAGCCACAGAGGAGGAGGCACGCCGAGUGAUUGAACGCAUGGAUUGUGAGAACUCUUAAUUAAGCUUCUUCAUUUACCUUUUCUUUUUCUUGGAAAUCAAGAAUAUAAAUCUCAUUUUUGGAUUGAGGUAAGAGUAUGUAAGGUGAUUGUGAUGAAAAUGAAAAGUUUGCUUAUGGAAAAGCUUUGUGAUUGA